AUGGAGAAGGAUCUUUGCAUGAACAUCCUCAUGUGGUUGCCCGUCUGGGAUGGUCAGCUUCCCAUUCCAGCGAUCCUCAAGCCGAAGAUGCUUUGGACCGGCAAGCAGAUCCUGUCCAUGCUGCUGCCCAAGACACUGUCCAUGAAGCGCGAUGCAGCCAUUGCCUCCAAGAACAAGAAGGAUGAGCCGGAUUUCGCAGCGAGCGAUUGCAAGGUGCUCAUCGUCAACGGUGAGCUUCUGAGCGGGAUCGUUUGCAAGAAGACGAUUGGCUCCUCUGGGGGUUCUUUGCUCCAUCUCGUUUGGCUGGACAGUGGGCCAGAGUGGUGCCGAAAUGUGCUGUCCUACAUUCAGAAGAUGGUGAACCAGUGGCUGACGCACAAUGGGUUCUCUUGCGGCGUGGCAGACAUUAUUGCCAACGACCAAACGCUGCUUAGCGUGGAGAAGACCCUGAAACAGGCCAAGAAGGAGGUCCGAGCCCUUCUGGCAGACGCUCAGCGUGGCAGACUGGAGACGCAGCCCGGAAAGACCAUGUACCAAUCUUUCGAGGCAAAGGCGAACCAGCGGCUGAACUCUGCCCGCGAGGAUGCCGGCAACAUCGGUGCGAGUUCGCUGGAUGAACGCAACAACAUCAUCUCCAUGGUGAACGCCGGCUCGAAGGGGUCUCCUCUGAACAUUGCCCAGAUUGUGGCGUGUGUGGGCCAGCAAAACGUGGAAGGUGCCCGUAUCAGGUACGGCUUCAAUGAGCGAACGCUGCCCCAUUUCACGAAGGAUGACUAUGGUGCGGAGGCACGAGGCUUCGUGGAGAACUCCUACCUAGCCGGCCUUACGCCCCAGGAGGUCUGGAUGCACGCCAUGGGAGGCCGCGAAGGAGUCAUCGACACGGCCUGCAAAACCUCAGAGACGGGGUACAUCCAGCGCCGCUUGGUGAAGUCCAUGGAGACUCUGAAGGUGGCCUACGAUGGCACGGCUCGGAAUGCAUGCAACGAUAUCAUCCAGUUCAUUUAUGGAGAGGAUGGCAUGGAUGGACUGUGGAUCGAGGAUCAGACGCUGGAGAUCAUGACCUACGACAACCGGAAGCUUGAGAACACCUUUCAGCACAAGUACUCUGAGCCAGACUACGGGCUGGGGUGGCUUCCGACAGACGUCCUGGACGAGAUCAAGGCCAACCAUGAGCACCAGCAGCUUCUGGAUGACGAGUGGGACCGUCUGAAGAAGAUCAAGCAGGAGAUCUGCAGUCAGGUGUACCCAGACGGCGAAACCAAGCAGCACAUCCCGAUCAACAUCGCCAGGCUACUCGACAGGGCCCGCAGUCGCAUCACGGAAGAGGAUGGCACCGAGGCGCCGGAGAGGUACACACCCAUGGAGAUCAUCAGCAAGGUCGAGACCAUGCUCAAGCAGCUAGAGGUGACUCGCGCGAUCGCAGAGGGGGAUACAAUCGGCCGCGAAGUGGAGGAUAACGCCAAGAUCGUCCUCAAUGCACAUCUCCGCUGCGCGCUGGCCUCGCGGAAGAUCUUGGAGAAGGAGAAGCUAUCCAAACAGUCCUUUGACUGGCUGAUCGGAGAGGUGAGGCAAAAGUUCAUGAAGUCUUUAGUCCAUCCAGGUGAAGUGAUUGGGACGCUAGCAGCGCAAAGUGUCGGAGAACCGGCAACGCAGAUGACGCUGAACACCUUCCACUUCGCCGGGGUUGGCGCCAAAAACGUCACGCUGGGGGUUCCGCGGUUGAAGGAGCUGAUCAAUGUGGCGAAGAAAGUGAAGACGCCUUCCCUGGCCGUGUACCUCAGCGGAGACCUGGGCCAGAACCAGGAGCGCGCCAAGGAUGUCCAGAGCAUGCUCGAGCACACUACCCUCGAGAAGGUGACUUCUUUCACUCAGAUCUUCUGGGAUCCCGAUCCAGAGCACACACUCGUCGAGGAGGAUCAGGAGUGGGUGUCCCUGUACUACGAGCUACCAGACGAGGAUGAGAACCCUCAACGCUGCGGCCCAUGGUUGCUCCGCAUCCAGCUGAGUAACAAGGUCAUGACCGACAAAAAGCUGACAGUGCGAGAGGUGGGGGAGCGCAUCCUCCGCGACUUCCAGAAUGACCUUGACUGCAUCUUUACAGACGACAACGCCGAGGAGCUGGUCCUGCGCAUCCGACUGCUCAAGGAGCCUGAUCAGAUUGGUGCUGCACCGGGGCCCUAUGACCCCAGGGAUGAUACCGAGGAUAAGAACUUCAGAUUCCUCAGGACAAUUGAGUCCAACAUCCUGAAGGAGAUGACGCUGAAGGGUAUUGAGGGCAUCAAGAAGGUGUUUAUGCGUGAGGACAAGGUGACCAAGUACGACGAGAAGACAGGGAAAUUUGAGCGAUCGCAGGAGUGGGUACUCGACACAGAUGGGGUCAACAUGGAGGAGGUUAUGCUUCUUGAGGAGGUGGACUUCAAACGCCUUCAGAGCAACGACAUUGUUGAAAUCCUCAAUGUGCUCGGCAUCGAGGCAACACGAAAGGCCCUGCUAUUCCACAUCCGAAUGGUCAUUUCCUUCGAUGGCUCUUAUGUCAACUACAGGCAUUUGGGCACGAUGUGUGACGUCAUGACGAACCGUGGGCACCUUAUGGCUAUCACACGCCACGGUGUGAACCGAACCAACAUGGGCCCACUGAUGAAGUGCAGCUUUGAAGAAACGGUCGAAAUCCUGAUGGAUGCAGCAGUGUACCAUGAGACGGACCACAUGCGGUCUGUGUCCGAAAACAUCAUUUUCGGCCAGCUGGUUCCAAUUGGUACUGGCAGCUUUGAUGUCCACAUGGAUGACAUGAAGACAGCGGAUCCGGAGAUGAACAACCAGCCUCUAUGCUCGUUGGAUCAUGCCACCAUUGUGCUCCCUAGCAAAUCCAAGUCUGGCGAGUACUACGCGGUGAACACGCCGGAUCCGCUCCUGGAUGACGACGACCCUGAAAACAAUGCUGAGACGCCACACGAGGACGAGGUAAUGAUCAAUGGCAUGUUUCCCACAACUGCAGGCACCUACGCCGAUAUGCCGACCCCGGAGGUCACGCCAGACUCUCCUGGUGACUUGGGAGAAGGUGCCUUCCGGUCUCCUUUCAGCGUGGCUGGCGGCCCUUCGCCAUUGUCAGCUCGGGGAACGCCGAGACCAACUCCUUACAGCGGGAGGUACACGCCUGCUCGAACCGACUUCACAAUGGCCAGCCCCUUCUCCGCCUUUGCCUACUCCCCCGCCAGUGCGGAGUACUCUCCCGCAGAGAAGAAGGAGGACAAGAAGAAGGAAGAGUACGCGAUCCCCAGCCCAACUUAUUCCCCAAGCCCUACGGCCAUAUACUCUGUGGGCGACAAGACGCAGCGCUUCUCUGCCACGCCGCACUCAAGCCCUGGCUACACGCCUGUGAGUACGAGGUACGGUGCGCAGCGAUCGGCGAUGUACACUCCUACCUCGCCAAUGAGUGCGCCAUCAGCGCCGGGGAAGGACAAGAAUGUCAGCGCCCGCUACACGCCACACACCAGCCCGUAUGGCAUCAGCCCGAUGUCGGCAAUGUACACGCCAACCUCGCCGAUGCCUGGGAAGGACAAGCCGGUCACACCAGGAUACUCGCCGAGCGUGAUGCCAUCUGCAGCUGGGGCAUCUGACGCAGGCAUGGCAUCGCCGGUGAUCGAUGAGGCGCCUGGUGAUGCCCCACAAGGUGCCUAUGCCUCCCUGGUUGCGUCGCCCAGCUACACUCCUCCAGAGGCCGCCCGAGUCCCUCAAGCUCCGAAGAAUGUCGUCUUUUCGCAAUCGCCGGGCGUGACGGAUGUUGAGGAUGAUGCGCAGUCAGAGUUGUUUGAGGAAGACGAUGAGGACACUCUCCAGUACCAAGCGCCAGUGGCAGGUGAGGGACCAUCCGCAGAUGAGUGA